AUGGCGCCUCUCUGGCUGCCUUUCAAGAUGGCCUCCCUACUCCCUGCCGUUCUCAUGGCUUUUGCAGCAUUGCCAAUCCUCCUCCUGCGUGGCGCGCCGGACGUUUGGGAGGCACCCUCCCUGGAUUUGAGAAGGACGAAAGCCACCAUUGAAGUGGAAGAUGAAACCGAAGUAUUGGGCCUGCCGGGCUGGAAGAGACCUUUGCCAUCGCGGCACUACGCCGGCUAUAUCACCGUCGAUGAAGACCACGGCAGGCGUCUCUUCUAUUAUUUUGCCACGUCUGAAAGGAGCCCCACGGAAGACCCAGUUGUGCUGUGGCUGAAUGGCGGGCCGGGUUGUAGUUCCAUGGAUGGAUUCGUGUACGAACAUGGGCCAUUCCAAUUCGAGUACAGCGAUGGGCGCACACACAUAACUGGUGCCAACCCUUUUGCAUGGACGAAAGUGGCCAACGUCAUCUACCUUGAUUCACCAUCUGGUGUGGGCAUGUCCUAUUCUGACACUGCAGCAGAUUACAAUGUGGAUGACAACAGAACAGCUCAUGACUCAAAUGUUUUCCUGAGGAUUUUCUUUCAGCGCUACCCUAACUUCCAGAGCAACGUGUUCUUCAUAUCAGGUGAAAGCUUUGGUGGCAUUUAUGUGCCGAUGUUAACCCAUGAGGUGGUGCGGGGCAAUGAAGCAGGGGAGAAGCCAUACAUCAACUUGAAGGGUUACUUGGUUGGAAAUGGUGUCACAGAUCCCGAAGUAGAUAACAACGCCGUUCCAGCUUUUGCAGCAGACCAGUCUCUGGUGUCCCAGCGUUCAUACGAAGCCAUGCUGACUGCCUGCCAAGGCAACCCCUACAAGCACAGAUAUGAUCAAGUGUGCCAAGAUAUGGUGGGGAGCCUUGUAUACCCACUAUAUUCUGAACUCAACUUUUACGACAUCCUGGAUGUGUGCCUGAGGGACGCACCUGACAACAACAGGCAGGCAAAGACAAGAUCUGUGUUCAAGAAUGUGGUGCUCAAGUUGCUUGAGGAUGGUCUGAGAUGGCCAUUGGGAGGGGUCAUUGCUGGCGAGAGAGCCCACAACUGGAAGACGUUUGCUGGCUAUGAGGCUCCGUGUCUUGAUUACUGGACGGCCGAAUCAUGGUUCAACAAUGAAACAGUGCGAGAGGCACUUCAUGCUCCAAGUGUCUCAACUACCGGCUCUUUCUACAUUUGCACGGAUAGAAUAAAUUACACUCAUGAUGUGCCUUCUAUGAUCCCAAUCCACAGAGACCUCAUCGAGGAGAAGGGCCUUCAUGCUCUGAUUUACAGCGGCGACCAUGACAUGUCCGUUCCGCACACAGGAUCGGAGGCGUGGGUUUAUGGAAUGGGAUUCCCCGCCACAAGGGAGUGGGACGCCUGGAUGGACGACGACGAACAGGUUGCAGGCUACACCGUGGAGUUUGGCAACCUGGUGUUUGCGACAGUCAAGGGGGCUGGACACAUGGUGCCACAGUACAAGCCCGUCCAGGCCUUGCUAAUGUUCUCCAGAUUUCUGGAACGCAAGACGGUGCACAAGGCCAGCGAGAGCCAACCUACUCGACUGACGCAGACCAGGAUUUCCAACGUUGAAUUGUAG